CACUUGACCUCACAUACCCAUCUGCUCAUUCCCCUUGUCACACUCAGCUCCCUAACCCACCUUGCGCAUUCACAACUCACACUCCCCACCUACUCUCCAACCUCAGCUUCUGCCGCCUCUCCCUGGGCAACAUUGCCAGCCUUUUCUCUAAUCCCAGAGCAGCAGUCCUGCCCUUCACUCACCUCAACUUCACCAUGUCCCUGGGGCCACUGAAAUUCCAGGCAGUGGGUGAAGAGGACGAGGAGGAGGAAAGCCUGGACUCUGUGAAGGCGCUGACGGCCAAGCUGCAACUGCAGACUCGGCGGCCCUCAUAUCUGGAGUGGACAGCCCGGGUCCAGAGCCAGGCCUGGCGCAGGGCCCAAGCUAAACCUGGGCCAGGGGCACCUGCGGCCAUCUGUGGCUUUGACUCAAUGGACUCCGCCCUUGAGUGGCUCCGACGGGAGCUGCGGGAGAUGCAAGCUCAGGACCGACAGCUGGCCGGGCAGUUGCUGCGGCUGCGGGCCCGGCUGCAUCGGCUGAAGGUGGACCAAGCCUGCCACCUGCACCAGGAGCUACUGGAUGAGGCCGAGCUGGAGCUGGAGCUGGAACCCGGGGUCAGCCUGGCCUUGGCCCCGCCGUUGCGACACCUGGGCCUCACUCGCAUGAACAUCAGCGCCCGACGCUUCACUCUCUGCUGAGGGCCACCUG